AUGGCAUCUGAUCAGAACUCUGGCCAAAGCCUUGCCGUUGCGUUGGGGCGUAUAAACACCCCAGAAGCAACACAGGUUACGUCCAAACUGGAGAUAUUGCCAAUUGAACUUCAGCGCGCGAUCUUGGAAUAUGUUUCAAGACGAGAUGUUCUCAAUUUGGCCCAGGUCAGAGCCAUGUCUUAUGCUGCUCGCCGAAACAUAUAUACUUCGGUUUCCCUCCGCCUCGCCCAACACGAAGGCUUUAUCCAGGACGUAAAUCGGUUUAUGUCCGCGGGUUCACGUAAUAUGUCUCUGGUACAAAACCUUUCGAUCCUAAAUUCGAAACGCAGAAGGAUUCUAGGUGUAUGUAGUAUAGGAGCUCCUUACCGUUUUGGCCGCUCUGGAGAAUGGAAGCAGAAACGCUUAUUUACCGAACAUUCCAUUCUCUUCAACCGGAUGAUGCGAAUUUUGUUUUCCAAUACUUCCCAUCUCCGAACUGUCCGCUGGUUUCAUUUAUUUAAAAUGGACCACUAUACAUUCGCUUCCCUUUUUAACACCCAUGCCGAUACAUUGAUGGGGAUCGAAACAUAUACGCUUACGGGUGACGAAAUCCCAAUACUCCCCGGACACCCUAGCUUGGACCAAUUCCCCAGGUUGAGGAUAGGGUUCUCUGCGUUUCAGGCCUCUGCCUGUAAUAAAAUCCUUAGCCCAUCGGUUAUAUCGUUGAUUUCCCGUUUAACCCGGCGUCUCUCUCAUUUCGUGCUUGGCGAUGAACGUCUAGUCCUCAUCGUGGACAGCAACGCCACUACUAGGUCGAAUCCACCAUAUAUUCAGAUGCCUUUACAUGAAGUUUUGCAGCCACUAGCCGAAGCGCAAGUCACCUUCGGCAAUUUAUCACAAUUAGAUGUCAUUGGCAUAGACAUGACUCCGCUGCAAAACCAAUUGGUCCCCUUGCGCCCCACAUUCGACUUGUAUAAUCUCAGAAGACUCAGCCUUGUGUCCUGUGUCGGCACAGAGGGUCUUUUGAACGUGCUAUCAAUGCCCGCGCCUCAUAUGAUGUUUCCAUAUGUGUUUAGUCGGAUGCGACUGAAAGAGUUCUGUAUCCGUUACGAAGGUCCAACGCUAGGAUUGAAGAUCGCCUUAGUACGGUUUCUAACUUCGUUUACUGGCCUAGAGCUGCUAUCCGUGCUUCUUGACGAUGAACCCGAAAAUACGAUGAUCGACCACACAGGAUUCAUGUAUGCACAUGGCCCGACUUUAAAAGUUCUCGUCUGGGAAGUUCGGAAACAAAAUCGACAUGAGCGUCCCUUUGGGCUGGAGGACGAUAUUCGGGGGAAACCUGCUUUUCUUGAGCUGUUGAGUCAGACCUGCCCGAAUCUCCAGGAACUUAGCGUCGUCCUUAACAUGCGACUACUUUACGUGAGGGGUCGAGGCUUCGAUAGGAUCCACUCGCGUAGACCCUAUGCGAUGCUACGGCUCCCGCACCUGAAAACGCUUCACUGUCGUGAUUUUCUUAUGCCGAAAGGACGCUUAUUGACAACAGCUUUUGUCGUCGACGCAACCAAAAGCAUCGCAACCAUGUUUCUCGAUUGGGCAUUUCACUUCCACGGGUUCUCUUCUCCACUGGAACUAUUGGCUGUCGUGUUUUGCUGUAGGCGUGAGAUUUGUAUUCAAACUGCAUUGGCCUCUACCGCCAAACUGAGUCUUUUUGUCAGCUCCUUUUUGUUCAGGAAAGUCCGGUUUAACCAAAUCGCAAAUGGCUGCAUCCUGACCUCCUUUUCAUCAACUUGGAACCACCUGGGCAACCUCGAAUCAAAUUGGCAACCCUCGACAUCACAGGAAGCACAGCUGUGGUCCAUCCAUCUACGCAUGCGUAGAUAUUUCUUGCAGCCUCUUCGUCGGGCAUCCAUCGCAGACCCACCAUGGACCAGAUCUCGUUGUCUGAGUUCCAUUAACGGAAACCAGUCAUGCAAGCCCUCCCUACCGAGAGUCCGGGGUCAGCCCGGAGACAAGCGCUGGCAGACCACAGGCUCUGUUGUUAGUGAGCCAUCGUCGACCAUUUAUGCGUUGUCGACAGCCCCAGGUCGAGCGGCCAUUGCGAUUGUUCGAGUAUCUGGGCCAGCUUGUGUUCAGAUCUAUGACGCUCUCUGCCCCAAAAGGCCGCUCCCAAACCCUCGAGUUGCAGCUCUUCGCACCCUUUUCGACCCUUCCGUUCCUCCCUCGGUCAACAGCAUCCUCGACAGAGCGGUUGUGUUGCACUUCCCAGCCCCAAAUACCGUGACGGGAGAGGACGUGCUUGAAUUGCACAUCCAUGGCGGACCCGCCGUGGUAAAAGCAGUCCUCAAUGCAAUACCCCGAUGCGCGGGGGCUUUCUCCAACGAAAAGAUCGCCAUGCCCUCCAUCCGGUACGCGGAACCCGGUGAAUUCACCCGUCGCGCAUUCCUCAACGACCGUCUAUCUUUACCCCAGAUCGAAGCACUGGGGAAUACGCUUUCUGCGGAAACCGAGCAUCAGCGCCGUUUAGCGGUUCGAGGAACGAGCGGUUCUCUCGCAUUUAGGUACGAGCGUUGGCGACAACAGCUGCUUUAUGCCCGCGGAGAGAUGGAGGCGCUGAUCGAUUUCUCGGAGGAUCAGCAUUUCGACGAGUCAAUCGAGGAGUUCGUGUCUUCCAUUACCGGCGAAGUUCGUAAUUUGGUUCGACAAAUUAACCUGCACAUUGAGAACGCUUCCAAGGGCGAACUGUUACGGAGUGGCAUUCGAGUCGCGCUUCUCGGGGCCCCUAACGCUGGUAAGAGCUCGCUGCUGAACAGAAUUGUCGGGAGAGAAGCUGCUAUUGUAAGCAGUGAGGAGGGGACUACAAGGGACAUUGUGGAUGUUGGUGUUGAUAUCGGUGGCUAUUUCUGCAAGUUUGGGGAUAUGGCUGGGUUGCGAUCUGGCCACAUAGCCCGGUCUGGCUCGAUGCCCAUUGGUGCAGUGGAACAGGAAGGGAUUCGAAGAGCCAAGGCACGCGCACUGGAAUCGGACGUUGUGAUUGUGGUUCUUUCAUUGGAGGAAUCUGAUAACGGGACUGGCGUCAAGUUGGUCCUCGAACCGGAGGUUGUUGACGCCGUUCGCAGUUGUAUAGCCCUCGAGAAGCACAUGAUUGUGGCAGUUAACAAGUUUGACAAAUACUCUCCAACCACCUAUACGGCUAGAACACAGCAAAAGUUUGUGGAUAGCUUGACUGAAGAAAUCUCAUCCGUGGAACCCCGCCUUACCCAAGAUCAGAUUUUCCUAAUUUCGUGCAGAGAGGCCGAGAACGAGGUAUCCCAAGAGGCUGAUCCCGGCAACAUACAAAAAUUUCUUGGGGAACUAAUUCGGACUUUUAAAAGGAUGUCGACGCCGUCUGAAUUGGAUAAUGGAAAUGAGCAAUUUGAUAAAUUAUACUGGGAAGACUCUCUGGGAGUCACCCAUCGACAAAGUUCUAAUUUACAAAAAUGUGUCCAGCACUUAAACGACUUUCUAUCCCAAACGUGCCAAACUCCUGAUAAUGCUGCAAACGCUGAACAAAUUGAGGUGAAUUUCGAUAUUGUAACAGCGGCGGAACAUCUUAGGUUCGCGGCCGAUUGUCUGGCGAAAAUCACGGGUCGUGGGGAGAGCGGGGACGUGGAGGAUGUUCUAGGAGUUGUAUUCGAAAAGUAUUCCCUCCCACCAAUUGGCCCACACUUCCAUUCGUGA